UGCACCCCUUUUCAGGCACCCCUCCCUCCACCGCUCUUCGCUCCCCCUGCUCUCCCUCUCUCCCUCCCUAUGGCGUCCUGGCUCUGCUUCGCCCUCCUCUUCGCCGCUUCUCUCUCUCUCGUCUCCUCACUCCCCCCCUCGCUGAACCCGACCACCAUCAUCGAGGAGAAGAGGACCAAUUACAUUGUCCGAGUCCAGCAUGACCUCAAGCCCUCUGUCUUCCCUACCCACCAACACUGGUAUGAGUCCACUCUGCUCACCGUAAGAGGCACCACACCCUCGGAUCCCUCCAUCACCACCGCCUCUACCAUUCAUGUUUACUCUACCGUCUUCCAUGGCUUCUCUGCAAAGCUCACUGCUACGGAGGCACAGGCCCUCGAAUCCCUCCCUGCCGUCCUCGCUGUCCUCCCAGACCGAGUGCGUCACCUCCACACCACACGCUCCCCCCAGUUCCUCGGUCUCAAGAUUCGCGACGAGUCCGGCCUGCUGGCGGAGUCCGACUUCGGCGCCGACCUUGUCGUCGCGGUGCUGGAUACUGGUAUUUCUCCCGAGAGCCUGAGCUUCAGCGAUAAGGGGCUUGGCCCUGUGCCGGCACGGUGGCGCGGCCGCUGCGAGGCCGGCCGCGGCUUCCCCGCUUCCUCCUGCAACCGUAAGAUCGUCGGCGCACGCUUCUUCUGUGGCGGCUACGAGGCGAUGGCCGGUGCCAUGAACCAGUCGGUGGAGUUCCGGUCGCCGCGAGAUUCCGAUGGGCACGGCACUCACACGGCAUCGAUCGCGGCCGGCCGGUACGUCUUCGAGGCGAGUAUGCUCGGCUUCGCAAGGGGAGUCGCGGCCGGGAUGGCGCCCAAGGCGAGGAUUGCAGCGUACAAGGUCUGCUGGACCUCCGGGUGCUUCGAUUCGGACAUUCUCUCGGCCUUCGAUCAGGCGGUCUCAGACGGUGCGGACGUCAUCUCGCUCUCCGUCGGUGGUGGCGUGGUGCCUUACUACCUCGACGCGAUCGCAAUCGGCGCUUUCGGAGCGGUGGAGCGCGGCAUCUUCGUCUCGGCCUCCGCGGGAAAUGAGGGACCCGGCGAGAUGACCGUCACUAAUGUCUCCCCCUGGAUCACCACCGUCGGUGCUGGCAGUAUGGAUCGAACCUUCCCGGCCGAUGUCCUCCUGGGCAACGGUAGGACGAUCCCCGGCGUCAGCCUCUACGCCGGUGGGGGUCUCCCCGUUGGACGUUUUCUCCCCCUCGUCUACGCCGGGAACGCCCCGAUCUCCGACGACGGGAGCGACGGAUACUCGUCCUCGCUCUGUAUGGAAGGAUCGCUAAACCCUAAAGCUGUACGUGGUAAGAUCGUGCUCUGCGAUCGAGGGAGCAACCCCAGGGUGGAGAAGGGCGCGGUGGUGGGACGCGCCGGCGGGCUUGGGAUGAUUUUGGCUAACGGCGCGUCGGACGGCGAGGGGCUGGUCGCUGACAGUCACGUGAUCCCGGCGACUUCUGUCGGCGCCACAGCUGGAGAGUACAUCCGAGAGUACAUCAACUCCGCCAGAAAGCCGACGGCCACGAUCGUCUUCCGCGGGACCCAGCUCGGCGUGCGUCCAGCGCCGGUGCUGGCAUCUUUCUCGGCGCGAGGUCCGAACCCAGAAACACCGGACCUUCUGAAGCCGGACGUGAUCGCGCCCGGGUUGAACAUAUUGGCGGCCUGGCCGGACGGCGUCGGACCCUCCGGCGUGGCGUCGGACCGCCGCCGGACUCAGUUCAACAUCCUGUCCGGCACCUCCAUGGCCUGCCCACACGUGUCGGGACUGGCGGCGUUGCUCAAGGGCGCGAAUCCGGGGUGGAGCCCAGCCGCGAUCCGGUCCGCUCUGAUGACCACGGCGUACACUAUGGACAGCCGGAACGAAACAAUGCUCGACGAAGCCACCGGCAACGCCUCCACGGUGCUCGGCUUCGGCGCAGGGCACGUGGAUCCGCAGAGAGCCUUGGACCCGGGGCUCGUCUAUGACCUGACCGUCGACGACUACGUCGCCUUCCUCUGCAGCUCCAACUACAGCGACAAGAGCGUCCUCACGGUCGCCCGGCGUACCGAGAGCUGCGGGUCCCACAGGAGGUUGGGAGGCCCCGGGGACCUCAACUACCCGUCCAUCUCCGCCGUGUUCCAGAUGGACGGUUCUGGUGCUCUGACUAAGCGGGUCGCGCGCACUGUGACCAAUGUCGGUGCCGGCGGGCGGACGGUGUACAGGGCGACUGUGCGCCCGCCGAGAGGGAGCACGAUCCGGGUCGUGCCCGAGACGCUGGAGUUUCUGAGGUCGGGGCAGACGGCGAGGUUCGAACUGACGGUCGGCGUCUCGCCGGUGAGGAUGUCGCCGGGGAGCUCGAGGGUGGAGUCCGGGAUGCUGACGUGGUCGGACGGGAGACACGUUGUGAGCAGCCCCAUAGUGGUGACGUGGCAGGCACCGUACUGAGGGAGAUGGGAAGAUGAGCGGAUAGUAGGUUUUCCUUUUUCUUUUCUUUUCUUUUUUUUUUAACUUUUUUGGUGUAAUUAGAAUAGAAUAAAUAUAAAGGAAGGGUUGGCUGCGAA